CGAAAAAGGUCAUCCACACAACGGAAAGACUGAGCUUUAAGCCGAUCCACAGCCCACGACUUCUUUCUCGUCCACGAAGCAGGCCGGUUCAAUCAGCAAUGGACAACAUAGUUUCAUCCAACCUCCAGUCCAUUUCGGACUUCUGGAUGUUCUUUGUCUAUUGCUUAGUUGUCGUCGUUGUCGUGAUCUUCUUCCUGUUUUACUUCAAUCGAGCAUUGGGUCAGGUACUAGCAUGGAUACUAAACCAAUACCUGUGGCGGAAAUACCAUGCCUAUAUCGAAAUCGAGUCCUUCCAAUUGGCUUUAUUGGGAGGCCGAAUAUUAUUCAAAAACGUACGAUACUUGAGCACCAAUCAAUCAAUUUGCAUAUUAAAAGGCCACUUAUCAUUGCGAUACUGGCUUUGGGAUGUUCGCCAUGAAGGUGGAAAGUUUGAACCAGGCAAUAUCAAGAAGCCAUGCCGGAUUGUUUGUCAUUUGGAAGGCCUCGAAUGGUUCAUGUAUAACAGAACACCAGUAUACUAUGCACUGCAGGAAAUUCUUGAAAUGAGUGCCAAUAUGACGAAUGGUCAGGCGGAGGAACUACGAUCAACAGCCACCACACAACCAUUAGACAUGGAAAGUCAAGAAGCGGAUGGGUUCAGUAAUUCAUUAUUCAGGCGCCUUAUGCCGGUUCAAAUCGAGUGCACACGCGGUGCAAUGAUGUUUGGAAACCCAGAUCUUCCCACCAUGGCUGUCCUCCAGUUCCGACAGGCGAGCAGUAUCUACAACACAGAUCAAUCCAGGUCCAAAUUGGAUUACUAUAAAUCAUCUUUGGAUUUGAUUUUUCGCGAGCCAAAACUAAGUUUAAAGCACAAUACCGACUUCACUGUAGGGGCGGACGAUGAAAUACAUGUGAACAGAAGGCAAAGCAGUGCAACAUCAUUAUGGAAAUACCUAUCAUCAGCUACAACAGGCUUAUUUGGAAAGGGAGGACGCCAGUACGGAUAUAUGCAGCACUUACACGGCUUCCACAAUAAUUCGCCUCAUUCAGACAACGCAGGAUUUGAAGCUCGUGCGCAUAAAGAGUAUGCCAUGGUAUCACAAGUAUUGGAAUGUACAGAGAUUGCAUUUACGUACUUCGCAGAUGUACCAGGACCUGUUCCGUAUCCAGAGGCCUCUGAAAAUAAUAUUACAUAUGAUCAAACCUACUAUGGGAAUGGCGGUGUUCCUCCAGAGUGGGGUAUACAUGUUUCUCUUCGUAAUGCCAUGAUCCAAUAUGGACCAUGGGCUGACAGGCAGCGCGCAUUGAUCCAAAACUUUAUGUUUCCACCAUCUCACCGUAAUAUGGAGCCAUCUCCUAUACUUCAACCUGGUCAAACUCGAGCUUGUACAGCUUUAGAGAUGUAUAUUGAGUUCGUAUCCGACCUCACUUUGAGAGUUCCUUUACGGGAAAAGUCAAAAGACUGGAAGUUUACUUCAGGCAUGGAGGAAAUGGAUGUUAACUCUAGCGGCUUUAUUACACGACCAUACGGUUGGAUCGACAUAAAAGCUGCCGCAGGCUCUUCAAUCAAGAUGAUUAUCCCAACUAUGGUAUCUGCAACUGGAUACUCCAAUAAGCUGGAUGUCAACCUUGUGGAUGUCAACGUUCAAACCAGUGUCAAUUAUGCAUCAUUCCUGAUGUGCAAGAAACUGAAAGUACACGCCGAUAUGGAAACUCCUCUGGUUUGGAAUGCCCACAGAACGUGGAACUUCAAUUUUGGAGUAUCUCACCCUGAGAUCUUCCUGCUUCGUGAUCACAUCUUUUUACUUCAAGAUCUCGUUAAAGAUUGGACGGCGGACAGUACGACAGACCUAACCCAUUGUAUACCUAUUACGUACAAGAUGCAACUGAAGAUGAAUAAUGCUAUGCUAUAUUUAUGUGUCAACCAAGACAACAUUAUCAACAAUCCAAAUGUCAUGGAUGACAAUGCAUACAUCACUCUCAGUGCGCCGACCUUGGAAGUUGACGUUUCACUGCCUUUCACAAAGUUUGAACCUGAGUCAACAUCCAUUCCAUUCGCAGUCAAGAUCGAUCAACCCAAACUAGCGUUCUCGCUACCAUCUUCACAUACCCUUGGAGCAUUCCUUCGAGAAGAAGAUGCUCAGUUUGGCUCAUGUGUCUAUGCUACCUUGGAAGGCUCAUACAACUAUUACAGCACUGUCGAUGUGACACAGCACCUAGAGUCGUUAAACCUACAAGUCAAGCUCAAAGGAGUGAGCUGCAAACUUUUGGGCUCAAUUGCACGAUAUUUCUUGAUUCUUAAGGACAACUACUUUGGAAACUGGGUACAUUUCGUCACCGUUGAAGAAUACAGACAGCGUAAGCAAAAUCCAACUCAAUACCUUGAGAUGAAGCGGCGUGAAGAUGAGGCGAAGCCAUUACAAGACCCAUUUGAAGUAUAUGUACAAUGUCUAGUUGAGGAAGCAACAGCUCUGCUACCCGAAAACCUCUAUGACUGCUCAAAGUCUUCACAACUUGAAUUCCAAGAGCUUCAGCUGGAGCUUCGAAAUUUAGAUAUAUAUAUGGACAUGCACGUAAAUUUCAGCCCAUUGACCUGGACAAGAGAGACAGAGCCUAAUCCGCAAAGAGCUCCGUUUAAAACCAAGAAUGCCCGUGAUUCACGCAAUUAUCUUUAUAUCACAGAGCUCAACAUUUACGCACAUAGACUAUUCGGUCCUCUACCAAAAACAGCGACUUACCUUUGCAAUUGGGAAUUCGAUCUCGGUAGUAUAUCUGGAGAGAUCAAACCAUCUUUCUUGUUAGGAACAGCAGCUUUUGGAAAGGCUUUCCUUUACAACAUGGUGGACGAAGACAAUGCCCUCGCAAAGGAUAUGACCAUUCUUGAUCCAGACGUUACAUUUGUAACUGCCAGUGUACAAAGCAUAGAUAUCAACUUAAUGGGCCGCCACAGUGCGACGCAAAUCAGUCUCUCGGAAGGGUUUUCUUUUGAAUUUGAUGACUUGAUUAACCGCAACUAUACCCAAAAGAUCAAUCUCAACUUUCCAUCCAUUGUCGUCACAAAUUUGGCCACUCAGGAAAUGAAUGUUAAUCAUCAUGCCGAAGGCGAAUAUCCCUGGGUCGAAGUAGCGAAUGCCAAUACCGGUUUGGAGGUAGUCAUAUACCGGCAAACGUCAUUGUGGAAACAAAAGCGAGAAAAGCAGCAAUCUUAUAUACGUACUCAGGAUAUGCAGACCAGGCGAUGUCCUCACUUGUACGAUAGCGAAGCAUAUGCUAGCGAAGCACGAUCAUUGAUAUCCAUGAGAUCUUACAACGACCAUCACCACGUUGGCAUGUUGUAUGCACCGCCCUUCUUGUCCAAAUAUGCGGAUAUCUCUGAUAGUUUUAGCGUUCGUAAGGAGAAUGGAUACAUGCAACGACAGCAAAGCCAAGAAGAAAAUUUCAAUGCAUACUCUGGUAGUAGUGCACCUGCAAGUUUACGAUCUUAUUCAGAAAGCUGGCGGGGUCAAGGUUGGGAUGCUCAGCCUGAAGUCGACGAUGUAUACGACAAUGAUAGUGUCAAUCAAUCCGUCACAGAGUCCUCUGCGGAUUUCGAUAAUCAAUCCUUUCAUACUGCGUUUUCCGAGCGUGUGGAUGAUACGCCCACUGCUGAACGGAAUGGUACCAUCUUCGGCGCCAGUAAUCGAGAUUCUACUUAUGACCUGGAAGACGAAGAGCUGAUUAGUAUGCGCUCUGACAGUGAUGACAGUUCGGACGAUCUAGAUAUGAUUCAGACUCCUGAUAUCAAUGAGCCAUUACCAAAUGGUGAAUCCGCUACAGUGAUGCCACCAUCCAUUCCCUAUAGCAGCUACCUGAGGAGAUAUGAGAUCCAUCGAGAGGCGCCGUACUCAGAUAAAUUCUUCCACACUUACCUCCCACCACCAAAGACUCGUCUGAUCCCUGCGCCGGAAACAGAUGAAAGUAAACACGAAAUCCAUGCACACAAGCAGGAUACCACCAAUUUCUCAAAAUCUCAUAGCAGACUACAUGGCGAUGAAAUAGGUGAAGAUGAAUCCAUGGUUGAAAAUGAUGAGGAAGACGAAGACAACGCAGAGCCUCUACUUGGAAACGGAACAGAGAUGACCAUUGUCCUGGAAGCCAUUAAGCCUGUCAAUGUUCUUCUAACACCCAUCUUCGUCAAAGUCGUUCAAGAAGUGACUGAAGCCAUUGAUCAAGAUAAUUGGGAUCUUGAAACUAUGCUUGACAGCACCCAAAUGGAGUAUAUUGGUCAAUUGACACGCUUUUUGACUGAUCAAUAUAUCUGCACUCAAUUUGCUGUGCAUCUCCCUCGAACUCAUCUUCAUUGUAUUCAAGAUGUCAUGUUACCCGAUGAUCUCAUGAAAUCAAAGGAUUUGCGAACUGGCAUGCGUACCCGCUAUGACUUGACAGAUACCCUAUUGUGUUCUGCGGAUGUGAUCCUAGAUGGCUUCGAUCUGAGUGGUCUGGUUAAAUUCCAAGAUAUUGCCUUUGACGAGAUGAAACGCAGUGUUGCAGAAUCAAAGUUGGAACUGCGAGAAUCUCGCGUUAACAUCAAUUUGGAUGCCUUAGGAUGUAAGGUUCGAUACAUCAGCACUUCAAGCUCCAUGUCGUUCGGUAUUCCUAUAUCACGACAGCAUCCUCGCAAUCGCAAACUGAUGGGUGACGACUGCUCUAGCGAACUUGUUGUUAUUGACUUGACUCUAGACGGUCUCAAAUUCCAAUUGAUUGGUGCAAUGAAGCCCAACUACAUCAAACUAGAUAUGGGUAUGCUGUCUUCCAUCAUCAUUACUGAAUCGGUUGAAAUUCUUGUCGGCGCCGUUUACUCCUGGUUGACAUUUGUCGAUGAUUUGGAAAACAUCUUGGAAACCUUUAGCGAAAGACGAACAAAGCAAAUGCAGACAUUCAUCUACGAAAUUGCAAAGUUUUCUGCCGAUCCUAGAGUUGGUCGUGAUCCUAUUUUCCUGACCAAACCUACUAUCAAUGUUCUGAGAUUGGGUGCCAAAGCGUUCAGAAAUGAUGUUGGUUGGAAGCUCCUAGCAAGAAUGCGCCAUUGUUUAAGAUCGAUGCCAUCAACGUUGAGAGGAGAACUUCAAUACCAGUUGACGUCUGGAGAUUACAGCAAAGAUAUUGAUACAAAUGCAAUGUUCCAAAAAACCAUUGAUACCUUCUCAAAAUGGCGCAGUUGGGAGAUUGGCGACAUCUCAGGAUGCCGAUUGCUUACCCAUCCAUUCCAUCAAAAGAAAUACGAUCAAAAGCAAAGCCCAAUGAAAAAUAUGGAUCUUGUGGAUAUCUUGAAGCAAUCUGUCAAUUUGGCCGACGUCAAACUAGGGGUGUUUGACUUUUUGAUUUAUGAAGAAGAGCCUGAACAAGAUGAUAAUAGGAUCACUAUUGAAGAUGUUGCAUUCAACUUGGAUACGGAAUACAAGCUGAACGACGCUCGAUUGCCUGAAGGCAACCAGGUCACAGGAGAAAGCGAUCGUGUUGGCACUGCUGAUGCCUUGGGUUACUUGGAUGGCAUUGGCAAACUGCAUAUUCACUCGAUCAGUAUUACCUCCAAUCCAACCUUGCUUGCCUUUGCACGACACAUGUUGACAGUUCAGAGAGUGUUCACUACAAAACUUAAAACUCUUUCACAUGCUGUCAAAGUGUCAAAAGCUGCUACCAAACCUACGGAUGCCACUGCUGAACAACCAUUUGAUAUCAUGAACAUUCUUCAACGCAUCGAUAUCCUAGCACAAGGUCUAGUCAAUAUCGAUAUUAUAUCCAUCACUGCCAAUUCUCAACGACUUCGCCUCUGUAUUGACAUUGAGGAUUCCUAUGGUUCAUUACUCUCUUCCAACCCUAGACUGUCUCCGUUGUCACCUAUAUUCAGUUCUGAUCGUGCUACUUCUGACACCCCGUCAGGAUUACGCAGUUCAAACAAAGCAAGCAGAAAAGGGUCGUUACAGCGAGUGAUUUUGAUGGCUGCUGGUGGUAUCCAAAGUGUCAGCUUUAGGUUCAUGGAACUAAUUCACGGAGCUUCAUCGGUAACUAGACAUGAUCUGCUGCGAAUUGACUUUGAUGGAGUCAAUGUCAGUGCUGCUAUCAGUCAAGCCACUAAGCAGACAAAGAAGGCAUCUAAAACUGAUUCGACGAAAGAAGUUCUCAAUGUGUUUUCAAGCAUACACUCAUUCAGAGUCAGUAUGCCUCAAAGUCUUCUGAAAGUCUAUGGAUUCAUUGAAGAUUGGCGCGCCGAACAAGGAAAACGGUACACCUUUUUGUUCCAGAACCUUUUGGAUGAGUGGGAAGAGCAAAGACUAUCGAGCAGCCCGACAACAGUAACAUCAUCGCCGAUAGCGCCAAAGUUUGACCUCAAAUUGCAAUUCUUGUUGCGCCACCUUGCCCUUCGUUCUGAUCUUUUGCCAUCUUUGAGCCUGCAAUAUAAUGUUCAUGAUAUGUUCAUGAUCGUUCACCAGCCAUUGUCGCGCGAUGGCCCAACGUUGAAAUACACGUUUCAACUGGCGAAACAAGAGCUCCAGUUCAACACCAGAACACGGUCAAAUGGACCUAGCUCUGAAGACCCGUCGACCGGCUCAUUUGCUAUACCCGCUAUCAGAUGCACUGGCUCUAUACAAGUGGAAGGUCCACCACGCCCUGCUCAUGGCGGUAUCGGUUCAAUAUCGGAUAUGUCGCACAUUGUGCAAGUUUCCAAGCUUCACUCCAAUAUUUCCAUGGAUGUGGUCUCUUUGUCACUCAACGUCAAUAUGAUCGAUCAGUUGUUGACGGCGCAAUCGCUCGUUGGCAGUGAAAUUAGUGAUCUCGCCGAUGUAUUCUCUUACUCUAGUAAUCAGCCCAAGCAGGCUGCGCUCGAAGCGGCGCCAUCCACUACUGUCACCGUAGAUAAACCAAGCGUGAAACCACGUAUGCUCUUCUCUGUCGAUUUCGCACUGCGUGGUUUACAAGUCGCUGCUGCCAGCCCUGCUGCUUUAGGACUGUUCGAAUCCAGCAUCUUGCGUGCAUACGUCUCCAACGAUACGAGAUCCAAAUCUAUGCCUGAAACACCGUUGAUUUGGCAAGUCAUGGCGCACAACUUUGCACUUUCUCUAGAGCAUAAUACUGUUUCCAAGGUACCGUCCAGCGAUCGGCGAUAUCGCAGAAAUCGCCUUGCCUAUGUUGCCAUCGAUUUCACCAUGCAAAACUAUGCACAUCCCAAUUCUACAACGGCUGAAAUCAAACCUGAAAACGAUGACCAUCUUGAUUCAUUCUAUUUGGACCUAUCGAAAACACAUGUGGUCAUGCAGCCCAUUGCCCUGGGUAAAAUGACGGAUCUUUAUCUCUAUUAUCAAAGAGAGCUUGCUCGAAAGGAGGAGAUGAAGAAAUCAGAAUUAGAUAGACUUGCAGCCAACACAAGAAGGAUCAUGGGCUCACUCAAAGUCGAGCUUCCACAGCAACAGGAAGACAUUGGCUCUAUGUGGGAUGGCAAGCUCAUCUCCAUCAAUGUCAGCAACUUUGGUGUGGCUGUACCUCUGGAUUCCACAGAGAAUAUUACCGCUGCUUCACAGAAUAAGGACGUUGGUGCCUUACUCUUCUCCAUUUCAUCAAUGCGUUUCGUCACCAAGAAGAUUGAAAACAGUGUGGCUAAUCUGAACAACAUCGCAUUCCAGUUCAUCCCGCGCUUUGAUCAAAAUAAUGAAGCUCACUUCUUGUCGACCAACCACUCUCGCAUGAACCAAAUGCUUCUACCACACAUCUCAUGCAGUGUCCAUAGCAACAGUCAUCAUCUUGAUGACCAGACCAAAAAGCAGAAAUUCUUUGUUGAUGCCAAUGUGGACGGCUUUGAAGUGGAUAUUGAUGGUACCCUUGUUGAUUACCUUAAUAAGCUCAGUGUCAUUUAUUUGGCAAGCAUCGAUCGUGUCAACGCUUUUGCAGCCGAAGCAAACUUCGGUCUCCCCCGUACUGAGGAUUCCACGCAAAACUCAGAGCACACGCGAGCACAUAAUGAUACAGUUCUGUUUGAUCUCGAAGGUACUUUUGUAUACUCUCGUGGUGUCGUACGAUUAUACCCUAAAAAGCAGACGGAUGGUCCACGCAAGAAGAUGCCUGGAAAAUCACUACGAAAGGUGGAUACGGACUUGACCAGGACGCUCGAUACCAUGAACAUGGCGACCAUCAUCAUCCCUGGCCUUAGCAUUUGGUUUACCUAUCAUAUGCCAUUUGGUGGUGUAUCUUCCGCAUCCCAGCGCAGUGUACACAUUGAGGUCUUGAUUCACGAAAGUGAAAAUGUCCUUCAUCCUUCUUUGGUCCAGUUUUUGCAUGAAAUCAUCGUGGGUCUUAAAUUUGGUGUUCAACAAUCCAGCGAACAGAAGGCCACUCAAGUCACAGCUGCUCCCAAUCUUGGCAUGAAUGCAUCAUUAUACCUAAGACUCUCCAAAACAAAAUUGGAUCUUACAUGCCAACCUUAUCACAAGGUGGUAUGUUCGCUAAAUUGGGAGGAAGGCAACUUUUUGAUGAACUCGUUCUCUGGUGAUACGGCGUCUAGAACGCUCAGUUGCGUAGGAAGUGUUUCUGGAGCAUCUCUCAAUCUUCGACAUCAUUUCUCUCCGGAAGACUGUCUAAGUGCUGCAGUCAGAGAUAUCAUGUUCAACGCCAUGCUAACGUCCAGCCGAGCAGAUGUUAACGAAGAUAACAUAUGUGUCCUUAUCAACAUUCCUGGCAUAGCGGCUAGCUUGAACAUGCGUCAUCUACAAGAUCUUUUGGUUCUCAAGUCUCUUUGGUUAGAUCAAGAACAUGCGGUGAAGCACGGAGAUCCUGCUCAUCCUAUCCAGACUCCCACUGAAGAAGUAUCGGCUGUGCUGGCGCCCGAUACGACGUUGAAACCAACACCAUUUGCUUAUCAUUUUGCGUUGAGAGCGCAAUCCAUUGACCUUUCCGCUGAUCUUGGUCAAGCGAUUGGCAAAGUCAGUCUAGUGUCUCAAAAUGUUGUGUUAUCCACCAAGAACAUACCGCAUUUGGCAAAGACAGCUUUGCUCAGCAUGGAAACCAUUCAACUCAAGUCGGAGGGCCGCUUGGUAGGCGAGGCUCGCUUGGAUAGCAUCCGGUUGUUUGGCCACAUUGACAGGAUUCCUGAAUCCGUGCAGCCUCCAUUAGGUGGAUUAAGCUUCUUGGCGCAACAAAUUCAAGCUGCUUUCUCCUAUGAAUACCAAAAUAUCCUUCAGUUGGUCAUCGACCCCAUCAAACUCGAGUCGGAUAUUAAACUGACUGAAGAAGGAUACGCCACUUCAGCAAGCAAACUUGGACUGAACAAAGCCAUGAUUGAACUUUCCGUGAAGAGCAUCCCAGUGGUGAUUACCAUGUAUAAAAAAUUGGAUGAUUUACUUGACAAGAAGUACGCAGAGGCAGGACUUCGCAGAGACAAGGAGAUCAAGGAAAUUUCCGUAGCAGAGUCGGCCACCAAAGCAGGCAGUCAGAUCAGGAUGUUAUCCGAUGCAAGAGGCGAGAUGGAUAUGGAUAUUGACGGCUUGGAACUUAUCAUCUAUCCCAACCAUUUCAAUGAUACCGACUGUGUACAAAUCAACGCCAACACUGUCCAUGCCCACCUGGCCCGAAAGUUGGAUGACACCAAAACCGUACGAGACUUGCAUGUUAGCAUUGCCAGUGCAGCCUUACUCAAAAAUGUUCCAGGGCGAAGCAAAGAACGCGCUGCGUCAACCACCAACCCACCCACUGUGACGACAACAAGGCCACAAAUGUAUUCCAGUGUAACGAUUUUUGGUAUACCUCGAACUGAUUUGACCAUGCAAUCUACCCAAAUUGAAAAGAUGGUUCAGCACGCCUUCCACGUUGGCUUCGAUGGACAAAUCAACGUAUCCCUUAACCUUGGUCUCAUCAAAUAUCUCCAAGAAUUGGUCCAUCAAUUUGAAGACCAAUAUCGACGAGCAUUACGUGGACCGGCUGUGCCAAUUGAAUCCACAUCCACCCUGGAUGAAAAACCAGAGGAAGAAAGUCAAGAGGACGAGUUCAAGAGCAAAGAAAGUGUCAGUCCUCCCACCCUGGAUGAAACCGUCACCGAGAGUCAGCUACAGUAUCAGGCUCUCAUCCCCGUGAACUUUCAACCUCAGCUGCAAAUCAUGGGAGAGGCCACUCCUCCUGUUGAAUGGCUUGGUCUGAAACGAGACCGAAUUCCUGCUAUUAUUCACGAAGACCUGACUCUGAAUUUAGAGAAGGUACUAUUAUUAGGAUGGAAAUUAUAUGAGGAACAGCUAAAUGAUAUGAUCAUGAAGCAAUAAUAUGAUAUGAUAAUGAAGCAAUGGAUAGAAAAGCCUUAGCUCAACAGAUGUAAAUAAAAAAAUAA